AUGACGACAACUGGAGCUGUUGAGGUUGGUGAUGGUGGCGAAGAUCAAUGGACGCGUGAGAGGAUGGCUGAAGAUGAUUUGGUACUCUUGCGGUCAAGGGUGUAUGCGUACCAGAAGAACGACGAGGAGCUGGCAAUGGAGUUGGCCGAGGACAAAUCCAAGACGUCUGCGAACGAGGUGUUGUGUAAGAAGGUCAUUGCGAUCUGUUGUAAUAUCCAGCUGGACAAGGUCGACGAGAUGCUUGUCUCGUUGACGUUGGCUGUUGAGAGUGAUGGUGCUAGUUUGGAUCUGUCGUGUGAUGCUGGUUCAUGA